GCAGGUGGAGCCUUUUCCUCCAGCAUGGCAUCGAGGAUGGUUCCCAAAGUGAAUUCCAAGCAGGGAGGAUCUCCGUGCCAGGAGAAGCAGGUGGUGCUGCUCAGCCCCCUGGGCAGGAUGGAGAUCUCGGGCUGUGACAAGGGCGUCCAUGAAAUCAAACUUCCCAAACCCAGCCUGCCAACACCGGGAUUCCUUCACCAGGCAGGUGCUGUGGACGCUGCUGAACGAUGUCAAGUUUGGGGAGGCAGUUUCCUACAAGCAGCUGGCGGAUCUUGCUGGCAACGGGCGGGCAGCGCGCGCCGUGGGGGGAGCCAUGAGGAGCAACCCGAUCCCCAUCAUCAUCCCGUGCCACAGGGUGAUCCGCAGCAGCGGGGACAGCGGCAACUACGGCGGGGGCCAGCCGAUGAAGGAGUGGCUGCUGUGCCACGAGAGGCUGCAGAAGGAGAAGCUGGCACAGGGCGGGGGCUGCUCACCAGCCCCGGCACACAACCACGGCUCCUCGGCUUGAAACGAGCCCUCUCUCUCUCACAGCACCCAGCAGAAUUCAGGAAAAUGGUAAAUAUUUGAGUGACACAUAAAUAUAAUGCAGCAUCCAAAGUGAAAUGUGCGGUGGCACCACUAUAUUAAAAAAGCGGGAUGCGUCCUGGGGGAGGCAGCUCGGCUGCCCUUUCUUGUUUUUACAUUUUACAGCAGAAUGACUACAGCGAUCCAGGCCUGUUGUGCAUGGAUUUUGUUCCCAUCUCCAGCCCUGUUUUGUUCUAUUUUUAAUGUCCAUUAAAGCAGGGAUAAGGGAGUGGGAGGGACGUGGCCAAUGUGAGGUGGAAGCUUCCCCCUGAGGAAGUGUCUGGCUCACGGUGAGUGGCCCAGCCUGGCACGGGGUCCCUGCCCAGCUCCCCCUCCCCACUUUGGGGCAUAAAAUGGUUUUUUACCUGAGCAGGAGUUACAGGAGCACAGUGAGAUCCGUGCAAAAGCAGGCAGCUGUUGAAUUCCUUACUCCUGCAUUUUCUUUUUGGACUUAAAGAUGGGAAUAUUUUGGUUUUUUUUGUGUAGAGCAGGUGAAAAGAUUCUGCUGACAAAUUAUAUGUUUUGGAUAAGCAGCUUGAUUAGCCAAAUUUGGCAAAAUACUGAAAAGCUCAUCAUAGUUGCUUCCUUAUCAGCAGCACAUUCCUUUAUCAUUAGAGUUUUCCUUCAGAUUUCUAUGUUUCUCUGUUUUCCAAAGCUUUAUUUCCCGUAGCCUCUCCAUUGGCAGGAUUCAAGAGACAUUAAAGUUAAAUUUUGAGGUGGUUUUAGCAGGGUUCUCUGCGAGUACGAGCCACCAGAAGCCAAAAUUUCCAGUAUGGGAAUCGUAAAUUUUAAGAUGGAAAUACUGAUUUUUUUUAUGUGUUUUAUCAUAUUUUCAUGGAUGUCUCUUUAGAAAGGCCAUUGCUGCCCCCCAAAAAUUAUUGUGUGGCAGUGCUUUAGUUAAUCCAGGAUUAUUGAUACCUUGGAAUUACUUCAAUAAAAAAACUGCUUUGCAUGUG